AUGAUCGGAAAAGCGUUCGAUGUUGAAUCACUACUAAGAAAAUCUCCUAUUUCGUUUCCAUUACUCCAACAACAGCAACACAAAUCAGAAAAACUUCUUAUCAAACAAAAUAAAGAAUCAUUUUAUCAUGAUCAUUGUCAGGAGAGUAGAAACACAAGUACUAAUAAAAAUGAUAAAACAAUUUUUAUGAAUAUGCGAGAUGUAUCGGCAAAUGGCACCGUACUUAAAAAAUCAAAACGACGAUCACGUGCUGCAUUUUCGCAUGCUCAGGUUAUUGAAUUAGAACGCCGAUUUGGACAACAAAAAUAUUUAUCAAGUAGUGAACGAGCCGAACUUUCAUCAAUGCUAAAUUUAUCCGAAACUCAGGUAAAAAUUUGGUUUCAAAACCGUCGAUAUAAAGCAAAACGAAAGCAAGCAUUACAACAAGCUGCUCAUAGUCGACAUGUUCCUGUUACCGUUCUGGUUUAUGAAAAUCAUACAUUUCAACAUGCUCAUCCACGAAAACCAACAUUAAUUCCAUCGCUGCCAUUAUUGAUGCAAUAG